AUGGGAAGGAGGAAAAAGGGACAAGAAGAAACAACAGCAACCCUAAAGCCCAGAAACACAGAGGAGGAGGACGAUGAAUCGUCACCAGCCAAUAGUAUGGAGGAAGAAGAAGAUGGAGGGGGAAACGGAAAGUUUUUCGCCUGCUACCUCCUCACUUCGCUCUCCCCAAGAUUCAAAGGUCACACCUAUAUUGGGUUCACGGUGAAUCCUAAGCGGAGGAUAAGGCAGCACAAUGGGGAAUUAAGGAGUGGAGCCUGGAGGACCAAGAGGAGGCGUCCUUGGGAAAUGGUCUUGUGCAUCUAUGGCUUCCCCACCAAUGUUGCUGCUCUCCAGUUUGACCUGAAUCUCACAGUAAACUACUUCUCAACAAAAUACAUGGCGCAUGCAGCCAGUUGCCCUAGGCUGCCUGGUCAGAUGAGAGUCCGAGUUUGUUCCAUGGAUGAGCUUCCAUGCUAUACAGGGAUCAGCUUUUGUGACGAUGAGAAUGACGAUAUUUAUUGUGAAGAUGGUGGAUGUGAGGAAAGUGGUGGAUCCCAAGAAUCUAUAGAAGGUGAAUUUGUGGAGGCACAAGUACCAAAUGAUGUUACCGUUGUUCUAGGUGCUCUUGAAUCUGACCAGCAUGAUGGGGAUAAAAAGAAAGCAGGGUCCAAGAAACGAACUGCCCAGAAAAGGACAAAGAAUACACGACUGGGCAAAAAACUGUCUCAGGGUUCAUCUGAACAUGACAAAAAAUCAGAUCAGGAACAGGCCUUUUCGUUUGUCAGCCGCAAUGAGAUAACAGCAGAUGCUCAGGAUUCUGAAAUAUUGAGCUUGUCUGAUGAGUUACUGACACAGCCUAAGAAGGGGGGAGUUCGAGGAGAGGAAAUCCAUAAGCAGUCAUUUCAACUCAAUGGCUACUCAUUCAAAGCACUAUCUUCCUCUGCUUCCAGCCACAACAAGAUGAUAGAAUUUGCUGAAGAUCCAGAAAUUUUCAGGUCGCAUGAUGACUUAAUAAGAUAUCGAGAGAAUGAAGUUGAAAAGGAGCAGUGUCAACCUUCUUUGUUUGUUUCCUGUGGCAGUAAAAUAGCGAGUAUUGCUGAACAAAAAGAAAGAAUAUUCCAGUUGCUAGAUGAGUGUAUAGAUGAACAUGACCUAGCAGAAGAUGAACAAACUUCAGAAAGCACAUUUCAUCACAAAGUUCAAUGCGCCAGCAUGUCCUCAGAAGUUGAGGUAAUAGAUGUAUUUACGCCUUCACCUGGCUACAAUGCUACGAAAGGAAGCAAGAGGCGAAGACGCUCCGAAACUGAAAUUAUCGAUUUAACCAUAUCACCGUUGGUGGUUUAA